CAAGUGUAAAAGAUUUCUCAUACUUGUCUGUUUUCUCACUGAGAAUCCAACAAAGCUGAAACAAAAAGUCACUUAUUUUGCGGUUACCUUACUACCUCAGACACCCGUGAAUGAAAAAGAUCCUCAAUCGCACGAUGGGAUUGUCAUACGAUAACCACAACGGCCCAGCUGCCUUAUAUUCCUCACCAUUCACAAGCAGCAACAAUUCAAGUUUUGCUUCUCACAACCAUUUUCUGCAUUCUCCUUCGGGUUCAGCACCGCGUAAACUACAGCAGCCCACCGAAGAACAAUGGGCCUCUUUGAAACCAAUAAUCGGAGACUUGUACAUCCGCAAAGACACCACGCAAAAAGACCUUCUCAGACUCCUGGGUACGAAGUAUGGGUUUAAAGUCACGCAAGGUUUUGCCUUCUUCCACAUGAAGCUUCCAAGUACAGCACUGAUAACAAUCAAGUCCCAAGCAACUUACGAAUCGAUUGAAAGCUUGGGGUUUUUGGAAAAAUAUGACCCAGCGUCACCGAAAUAGAAUGCAGCAUCCCACAGAAAGCUCUUGGACGAAUGGCUUCGCGGGGGCUCCUACGAUUAAGGUGAUACCCGCGAAAGUGAGGCGUCGGGGGAAAGAGCGGCUUAGAAGGAAUGACCAUGGAAGUUUUUGCGAUUCACAAGUUCUAACGAGUAUGUUCUCUAUAUAGAGAGAUUUUUUCGAUGUACUGACAUAUCACAGCAACAUCACCGGGUAUUGAUCCGGGUAUUGAUCCGGGUAUUGAUACCAUGGUGGUCGACAAUAGGGAUGAUCUUUCGAAGACCACGGCGGCACAGUCAUCCUUGUCCAAUUGGGAAUUUGUCUCUUGGGAUUCUGUUGAUGUCAAUAACUCCCCAAAACUCACCCGAUUAUUCUCUCAGUUGAGUCUUGAAGAAAUUCCGAUACUUGAACUUUCACCAUCAACUUCGCCGACCACUUCAACAGCUAUCGUGACACAGUCGCAGUACGUGAACUGUUGCGAAUUCGACAAGAGAUUUUCAGAUAGAACUUCGUCGUCUUCGAGUUAUAAUGCUCAUAAUUUAAAGGAGUCAUCACCAGGAACUCGCCCUGCUUGGCCGUUCAAGUAUGCUGAUGUUGACUUCCCGCUGCCGUAUUUUUCAAGAUGCUCGUCUCCAAGCCCCUUUAACGAAGUUUACAUCCUCCCCACCCACCCUAAUCCAACACGCGAUUCGCGAAUGGUGAAAUACACAGCGACAGACAAAGAACUUUUAGAGUGUGAAUCAAAGCUCCUGCAUCUCAAGAACACGAGGCUUUUUUCGGUCUCCGAUUCCAGGAUUUUGGAAAUCACCCGAUUCCUAGUGUAAUCCUUCCUCUCAGUAGGCUUCGUCAACAGAGCAGAGUACUGGUGCAAGCAACUUCUUCACAAUAUCGACUCUUCUCAAGUUCAAGAUUAAGCUGAAACCUUUACAGACAGGUUGAAACUCGCUGAAGCGAUUUGCUACCGAGGGCGUUAUCGAGAAGCACUAGCGAUACUAAACGGGGUGGAGAAAGACC